UGUGAAAACAAAAUGGCGGACUGUUACAUUGACAUCAAACAGUGAACUUUCAUCGGAAACAAACAUGGACCAGUUGCUGUUGGAUGCUAAACGUUUGGCGUCCCGUCUUCGUGAACACAGUGGCUCUACAGAUACUCUCAUUGACCAAGCGAAAAAUCUACAGUUCAAAUUGGACGCAAUGAAACAGGUAAAGUGAAUGAAAGAUAAUCAAGGAUUAAGCUUGAUAAAAUAAUAUUGAAAUAUAUGUAUUUAUCGCCAAAACUUUCAAAACGAACAAGUUAUCCCACUGCCCUAGAACAUGGCUUACUAUAGUUUGCGAAACGAAAUGGAGCGAAACGAAACGAAAUAAAACGAAGCGAAAUGAAAAUCUGUAGUUUGCGAAAUGAGAAUCUGUAGUUUGCGAAAUUUGGAUUUUUGGCGCAGUUGCAAACGGAAGAACAAUAGAGGAAAACUAUUCCCUCGGUCGCCAUUCAGAAACUCAUGCAGAGGUUGUUAUGAAGUUGUUUGAAGCCGCCAGCUGCUUUUGCUGAACUAGAGAAGAAGCCAAACUUACGCCUGGAUUGCUGUAGUGAAUGGCUCCUUAGCCUGUAUUUGUAGCUAGUUGCUUGUGAUAUUCUUUAUGUCGGAUGAACAGGCUGCAGCUAUCUUCGCGAUCAAGAAGAAACAAUGACUUUCCUCCAAACGGAAUCCCUGCCGUCAAAUGACACUUAAACCACAAAAACUUCUGCUGGAAAUACUUUCUUUUCCUGCAUUUGUUUAUCUAUACAAAACGUUAAAACCACCAUAAUUAUUUGAAUAAAGUAAACAACAAAGCAAGCCACAAUGAUGUAUUUUAUCGGCUCGUUUGAAUAUCGUGUGACGUUUCUGGUUAAGAUAAGGCGCUUCAACGGCCACCGGAAGUGGACUUUUUGCAUUCUUGGGCAGUGGUUCUAGGGCAAAUUUUCAGGCAGAUCGUCUCUAUAAGAGUAAUGACACUUUUAAAUACAAAUGUGGUGGCAUCAAGGCUUAUAAAAAGGGAAGAGGUCUUGCUUCCGUUUGCUGACGCAUGAGCUUAAGUUGAACUUUAUACGUGGCAACAAAAAUGUCACGCAUUCCGCGCAAUCUGAAUUUACUGGGCGAAACGACUUUAUUGGGGGGAAUUUUCUGUUUAGAAUAUCCGAGUAGACGCAGCGAGAAAGUAAAUUGUCAUUUCCUAAACUACAGAUUGUCAUUUCGCAAACUAAAGAUUGUCAUUUUGCAAACUGCAGAUUUUCAUUUCGCAAACUACAGAUUGUCAUUUCGCAAACUACAGAUUGCCAUUUCGCAAACUGCAGAUUUUCAUUUUGCAAACUGCAGAUUUUCAUUUCGCAAACUGCAGAGUUUCAUUUCGCAAACUACAGAUUUUCAUUUCGUUUCGUUUCGUUUUGUUUCGUUCCAUUUCGUUUCGCAAACUAGCCCUAGAACAUUUCGUUAGCCACAGCCUUUGGUUCUACCGUUGGAUAAACAAUCGAAUGAUGGAACAUUCGUAGGCCGAUUUAAAUUUUCAAUUUAGUAGUAGUUAACCUUUAUUUAACUAGGGUAAUCCCUUCAGAAUACUUAAAAGUAUAUCUGUUAUCAAUAGGAGCCCUAAAUUAAGACUAAUAAAAAAGUUUAAAAUAAAUAAUAAGAAACUAAGUAACUAUAAGUUAAUAAUAGUACAGUAUAACAAUUAAAACUAAUUCUUAUUUACUAAAUAAUUAUUAUACACAACUGAGCCAUUAUAAUAAAAACUUUUCUUGGUGGUCUCAGUUCUUACUGCAGGUAAGUAUAUAAAUUUGCUUCUUCUUGUUUCUCUUGAAAUAACUUCCUUAUUCAACUUAAAAUAAUUCUUUAAAAACUGUGGUACAUUAUUAUUUAAACACGUCUUCACUAAACCUAAAAUAUGAGCGUUACGGCGAUCUUCUAAACUCUGAAAUUUAAGAUAGUCGGUGGAUGUUGUACCACAUUUAGAUUUAACUAUAAUUUUCGAGGCCCGCCUUUGCAAAGAUUCAAGACUUUCCAUAUCUGCUUUAUUGCAGCUGGACCAAACAACAUCACAAUAAUCAAAAAUGGGCAAAAUUAAUGAAUUAUACAUCUCGAAAGCUGCAUGUAUAGUGAUAUUCCUUCUAAGGCGCCCUAAGACACCAACUCUUGUACCAACCUUAGAAAUAACUUAACGAACAUGGUCUUUCCACGUAAGACUAUCGUCAAGAACGAUGCCUAAAUACUUAAAAUCAUAAACUCUAUUAAUUUCAUAAUCACCUGAUUUGAUAACUACUGUGUCAGUAGCUUUAGAAAGCCUAGCAUCAGUUCCAAAAAUUACAAAUUCUGUUUUUCUUUUGUUGAUGAAAAGAAAAUUACUGAGAGUCCAUUUAUUCACUUCAUCUAGUUCGGCAUUCAGUUUAAGCUUAGUCAGUGUAAAAUGAAUGCUCAAUACUGAAGAAUGCAACAAAUAUAAACUUAGUCUUUGAAGGGGUAAAAUGUACCUUCUUUAACUUUACUUGGAGACCAUGGAAAUGUUCGUAGCUCAAAGAAUUUGAAAUCUGUCAGAAGAGUUAAAAAAGACAUGUAUCUCUUAUCUCUACUGGUACACUUUUUAUACUAGUCUUUAAGUAACUGUUCUUUUUAUUUUAGUAUCGUGAUGUGGUGAGUGAUCUUAAUGACAUUGCACACCACAGACCCCGCAGUACACUUAUUUUAGGAAGCCAGGAAGAGAAUGCUCGUAUAAGGGAACUACAACAAGAGAACAUUGAGUUGCAGACCUCGCUAGCUGAAUACCAGUCAGCACUGGAGCUUAUAAUGGCUAAGUACAGAGAGCAGGUCAGUGUCAGCUUGUGCUUAACCCUAUGAUAAACUAUAUCACUUUUCAACUACGACACAACUAUGCGUUAAAUAGGAUACACAAUUUUUAACUUAAUUCCGUCUUAAUCUAAUUUCUAAUGUAGGUUUUUGGACUCAUCAAAGCAAACAGACUAGAUGCCAGCUGCAUGAAGUUAAAUAAUUACAAGGUAUGGUCCUUUUUAUCUGGGUUUGUUUUACAUAUUUAAUGCAUUAUCAUACUUUGCUCAUAACCUGCUUGCCAUGUUGAUAAAAGUGGAUAAAAUGCCCUGUUUGCUUUGACCAUGAAGGCAACCUGCCCACUUCCUAAAAUUCGGUUUGGAGGUUUCAAUCCUGCAGCAUUAGAAGAAGAAGAAUUCUUGAAUUGAGAUCAGAGUACACAAAACACGCCUGCACAGCUCAGUGCACAGAUGGCAAAAAAAAAAGUUUGUUAUAUAAUAAUAAAUAAACUUGAAACUUGAUACAUUGUGCAAUGUUUCUUGAAACUUGUAUGAUGAUUUCAAGAGACAAGUUACCAGAAAUGUUGCCUAGUUUACAGAACACAAUGUAAGUGCCUUAACCAGCCACAAGCACCCUAAAUUCAUCUUUCUUGGAGAGAAUACGUGUAAUACUCAAUCCCCCAAAAAAUACAUUUUCAGGGUGUUUUUGAGUGGUUAAGGUACAAUAAUUAUUGAACUUAAAUACAUGUUUUUCUUUGAUUAGGAAUUACAAGCAAAAACAGAGCAAAUUUGUGAAAUGGCAGCAGUUAUGGCACAAGCAAUAAACAUCGAUGAUGAAGCUAUUCAACAAGAACAAGAACGAAUGGCUUCCAUUGAGGCAGAGAACCAAGGCCUCAGGGAACUGUUAAAAAUCAGUGGUGUACCAGUGCGGACUGCUAAAGAAGAGAAAGCUUCUCCUCAGCAAGAUACUGAUAGUGCAUUGUCUACUUCUACUGAUCAAUAGUAUACUGUAAAUUGCCGCCUUAUAAGUUUAUAAGACACCC